CCCUGCAGUUCAGGGUUAGAGGCCCUCAUAGGCACCACAAAACAUUUGCUUUUUGACGCCAGGGUAGCCAAAGCGAGCCUGUUUUUUUGGGGGGAGCUCUGGGUUUUGAUGACUCUGACCCCAAGGCUGCAGCAGCCAUCACAAGCCCUUGGCUCACGCUAUGCUUCUAGCAAGGUCAGGAGGGAGAUUUACAACCCCUAUAGCUGUCGCUUUCCCUCCCUCUUUAUUAGUUUCCUCCAGAACCUGUCCUGCCCGAGGCUGGCUCAUUAGAGACCCAGCGGGGAGAAAGCACUGUACAACCCUGCUAUUUCGGGGGGGUCGCACGCCUGCUCCCCAAGUAUCUGUGUUUAUUAGCAAGCACCAAGGCAGCAUGGUGGCACACCUCUCGCUAGCUGCAAUUGCUUCAAAUCCCUGACUAGCCAAAAUAGAUUUGUGGUGCCCACUCCUGCGCUUGUCGCACGCACCCUGGAGAGCUGUGGGUGCCUCCCCAGCAAGACCUGGAUCUCACUGCUUUCAGCUGUGCCGCAUUUUUGGGAGCCCCACCAUGUGCUGUGUUUUGUGCCAGCUCCACCUGACCCUGUUUAAUUGAUUUAGACGGUGUUGAGAGCCAUGCACUGGUGCUUCUGGAUCUAGAUCUGUAUGGGUGGCCGUGCAGGCAGGGCAGCAGGGUGCAAGCAGGCAGCGCGGCUGUUCUCAGGAAAGGGAGGGAGGAUGAGAAAGUGCCCUGUAAGCACAGGGGAAAAAAUCCAAGACACUUAAAGACACCAUUUAGCCUGACUUCUUGUUACACCUCCUGCCGUUAUACCUGAUUGAUUGGGGGCCGACAAAUGUGUCUCUGGUUGAGGGCUGGCACACGGCAGAGGAGUAAGGGAGGAUGGGGGGAUGGUUUCCCUGCAAAAGCCAUCCCAGUGUGACCAAGCCAUCCAGCUGCAGCAUCCUCACUCGAGCAUCAUCUUGGCCAAACUUGUGUGUCCCCUUCCACCACGCAGCAUGAGCCAGACCCACGUGCACACACCUUGGGUCACUAACCUGAGACGGCCGUGAUGGGGGCACUUGGCCAGGAGUUUGGGGGGCAGUGCUGGGGGCAUCACGUACCUUCCCACAGCUGCACUGUGGUGGCUGAGCCAGCGGCCCCCAUUAGCUGCGGGCAAACAAACGUGGCUGUCCCAGAGCAGGGCAGUGGCGACAGGGAAGAGAGAAGGGAGAAGUGGAUAAAAGCAGAUAGCCUGGGGCGAUGGAUGGUUCAGUGUUUUCUCACAGCGUGACUUUCUGACCAUGGUGAAAACAGCACAAAACAUGGACAUGGUCAAAGCCUCUGUGUCCAGGGUGUCCCACCACCAUCACCUUUUGCUGGGGCUUCUGAUGCCCACCAGGACUCCUGGUGCCCAACACUGGUGCCCUCCCGAAACUCUCCUCUCCCCACUGCUGCUUCCCAGACCCUUUCACCAUCUGCCCCAUCCUGACUCUCCUGGUCUUCACCUCUUGCCUGGGGCGGCCCAGGGAGCCUGGUCCUGGCCCAGCACUGCCUGGGGUGGUCCUGGCUGGUGCCCAGGCAUGGCAGGCAUCCCACAGCAGGUCCCUCCCUGUGGGGAGGGAUGCUGGGGUCUGGCAGAGCAGUUGCUCCUCCAGGAUGGGGAGGUUGGCUCCGAGGAGCCGGUUUUGCCCCAAGGCAGGAGUUCAAAGUCUCCAUGCUGCUUUGUGCUGGGAGAUGGAAAUGAGGGAAAGGAGGAAAUGGCAAUUCCUGUUCAUGUUCGUGAUCGACACAGCUGACUGCUCAGUUUAACCUCCCAGUUGGCCGCAGAGGGACGGAUGCACAAACACACACACACGCACACACACAUAUAUUUAUAGGCAUACUCGCGGCAACUCAUUUUGUCCAAGUCCCUGAAGAUGUUGCUCUUCAUCUUGCUUUCGCUCCUCAAUUUCAACCCAUCUCUGAGCCUAAAAAUCUGCUCCUUCAAUGUAAGGUCUUUUGGAGAAACUAAAAUAGCCAGACCUGAAGUCGUCGAUGCUGUGGUAAAGAUCAUUUCUCGCUGUGACAUCAUGUUGCUGAUGGAAAUAAAGGAGAACAAGAAUCGGGUUUGUCCUCUCCUGGUGGAGAAGCUCACCAGUCAGCUGAAGGGGCCGAAGGAGGAAUACAGCUGCGUGAUCAGCGAGAGGCUGGGACGGAAGAGCUACAAGGAGCAGUACGCCUUCCUCUACAGGCAACAUCUGGUAUCGGUGAAACAAACCUACCAGUACCCUGACACCCAGCCUGGGGACCAGGACGCCUUCUCCAGAGAGCCCUUCAACAUCUGGUUCCAGUCACCAAAAACCGCUGUCAAAGAGUUUGCUGUAAUCCCUCUGCACACCACACCGGAGACAGCAGUACGGGAGAUUGAUGAGCUCUAUGAUGUGUAUUUAGACGUAAAACAGCACUGGAAAACCGAGAACUUCAUCUUCUUGGGGGACUUUAACGCUGGAUGUAGCUACGUUCCCCAAAAGCAGUGGAAGAACAUCCGGCUGAGGACUUACUCUGAAUUCGUCUGGCUAAUAGGUGACAAAAAUGACACUACGGUGAAGAUAAGCACAAGCUGCCCGUAUGACAGGAUCGUGGUCAGCGGGCAGAAGCUCAUCCAGGCCAUCAUGCCACACUCUGUCAACAUCUUUGAUUUCCAGAAGGACUUUCAGAUGACUGAGGAGCAGGCGCUGGGGGUGAGCGACCACUUCCCAGUAGAGUUUGAGUUAAAACCAAAAGGCGGCUUCUUCAACUGGCUGAAAUCACAGUUUUCAAAGAAGAGGAGACCAAGAAAGAGCCGCCACUCAAGCUCAUGAGCAUGCUGAGUCAUGGCGUGGAAAUGCACGGAUGCCAAUAGAUCUUGUAGAAGACUAGUGUAGAUAUACUCGCAGCAAGUGCAAUAUUUAGUGGAAAAACCCCAAUUAUUUUGUUAAAGUUCAAGUAUUUUGGGUAAGAAGGCAAAUUUUACCUUCAGGUUAUCUUCUUCAUUGUAUGCAAAAAUGAAUCAGCUAGAAGCACCGUACUAUACUUACUGCACUGAUCACAAAUGUAAGGAGCUACUGCAAGGGUAAAAUACUUGUGUGUGCUUUGUCUGUAACACCUGAAGGGCAGGGAUCUCCACACAUUCCUGUGGGCUCUGGACCUCUGCCAUUCCUCUGCAG